UCAGAAAAAUCUUUGCAUAAUGAGAGUGAUAUGACGAAAAGUUAUAGUAGUGUUCCUAAAAUCAUGUCAGGACAUAGUAAUAAUAUCGUUCAUAAGCUGUUUAACCGAGAGACUUCAGGCUACACAUCACGACGCUACAAUGACCGGGGCCGCCGAAUAUUCGAGCGGAUCCCGCCACGGCUCCGGUUCUGCCUCAUGGACAUUGUGCCCAUGUCCUACUUCAGCAACCACGUGUUCAUGGGGUUCUCGCAGUGUGGACAGUACCUCCUCAGCUUUACGUAUAGCAAUGGAUCGCAAGUUUAUUUUAGGGAGAAUGCUAAGUUUACCUUGCAUUUCUUGUCCUGGGUGCCCGGAAGAGUGGUCCGAUCGGUGCACAGAGUGCCCCUAUUUGGCGGGGACGCGGUGGACAGCCGGCUGACCAUAUCCAUGGCACAAUGGAAACAUAAUCCUGGCGUGCUGGUUGUCUACGGGUUACCGGAUUCAUGUACGGAGAGAUCUCAUCUCAGUGUCAUCGGAGUGCCACGGUUAGGAUGUAGGAAAUGUGCAGCUAUGGCGAAAGAAGAAGAUGGUCAAAACUGGGGUCAAAAAUGUCUAGAGCACAACUUUGCUAUUCACACAAAGUUCUUCUGCACAUCCGACUCCAGUGUAUACGAGCCGGUGGUCCAGCUCGCCUACUCCAACCAAAUCAUCAUCUACACCGACUUCAUACACAUCCUAGAAAUAGAUUUCGUCAAACCCGACCAGGACAAACCUAUGGAAAUAGACGACUGCAAAUCAUCUUCAGACAGAGACGAGACCAACUCGAUUUACACGAACCCUAGUACCCCAGCGUCUGACGUGUCCGCUGUCUUCCAUUCCCCCAAAUACCAGAACACGGUUGUGCAAAACAUUCUAGAAGACUUCUCAGAUUUAGACGCGGAGCCUUUUCAAAUGUCGAAACCGGUGCAGUUACCUGACGUUAUGGGACAAGAGCUCUGCAUUCAAGCCUCUUCAAUAUCGUACAAUUUAGUCGAAGAAUGGGAGGGCCCUUCGCCUUCCAUUAGAACUUUAAUAUCACCUCCUUUAAGGUCACCCAGGAGAAGACCCGCCGAAAGCAUGUCCAGGUUCAACGAAACGCAUAGAAUCAAAGCGGACAAAGCUUACGAAUUUGUAGAAGAAACUGAAACGAAAUGCGAAAAACUUAGUAUCUUCAGAAAACGAAGGUUAGCUGACAAGAAAUAUGAGUUUUCUGAAGACAAUAAUGAAAAUAUAGUCCCGUUCAGGGUUUUAAGGAGUAAUAGGAAAUACUUUACUGGGUGCACUAGUAAAAUGCGGCGGCCUAAGUCGCCACCAGUGGAAGUUUUAAGAGCACAUAAUCAGAUAAGUAGACCUCCUUCGCCGACGACUAGUGAGAAAGAGGGUCUAUCAUGUUUAGAAUCUGAUGAUAAAAGCGAAUCGGAAUACAGAGUGAUGGAAAUGCUUGACGACGGAUCUCUGAAGACGGUAGCGGUUCAUGAUAACACUUCGAAGACGUUGUCGGAGUGUCCCGUGAACGCGCACGAUCCAUAUUUGGUGCAUUCGGAAAAUUCGCAGUGCAGCAAGUUCUUCACGAGAUAUUUUGUGGAAAGCGACGACGAAAUUACUUCUAUUGCCACGGAUUCUGAAGACGACUGCAUAUCAGGAUACCACGUAGCCCUCCACCUGCAAGCGCACGGAGCAGGCUACGCGCCGCUGCAGGGCGUGAGCGCGGGCGCGUGGGCGCGCGUCACGAGCGCGCCGCCGCCGCUCACGCUGCGCGCGCAGCAACGCAGCCUCGACACCGAGCUGCUGUGUAACGAGGUAUAAUCAUGAUACACUGUGCCACUACCUAGUACCUACACUUAUUAGCACACGGGGCAGGCUACGCGCCGCUGCAGGGCGUGAGCGCGGGCGCGUGGGCGCGCGUCGCGAGCGCGCCGCCGCCGCUCACGCUGCGCGCGCAGCAACGCAGCCUCG